AUGAAAUGCAAAGAAAGUUCAGAACUUUCUUCGAAAAAGAACAGGUCUCGCGUGUGUAUUUUUCAUCUUGUCGUUGUUGUACAAAAUCAGUUGUAUUAUUGUAUCGUUAUAGAUACAAGGAUUCGCAGAAUGUCUUUACUAGUUCGAAGAUGCAAAUUCGAUAGUUGCUGGUAUUCGACGCUCGUAAAUAGGCUAAAGCUUCAUGAGUUACAUGCUUGGUCGUUAACUAACCUGUUUUGGACUUCGAGUAGUUUUUGCAAUACAUACGCGAAACUAAAUAUUUUAGAUGACAAAACUAAAAAGUUUUUGGAUUAUCUCACGAAUGAGUACAGAAACAAGUCCUGGCAAAGUAAUAACUUUAUCGAUUUUGUCGAUUUAAAUGCUUCCGGUAGUUUAUUUAAUGAAAGAGUACAACUUGUGGAAAAUAUUCAAAAUUUGCAUGACUUAGGGCAACAAGAUGUAGAGAUAAAAAAAUUAGCGGAAGAAGAAACAAUGUUGUACAAAGAACAAUUAAAUGAACUUGAUGAAAGAUUAUUGCACAUGAUACUGACAAACAUGUACAAAGAUUUUUACAGUAACAUCAUUAUUGAAAUAACGGCAGGUGUUGGUGGUCAGGAAGCAAUGUUGUUCGUUAAAGACUUGUAUGAUAUGUACAUAGGUUAUGUCAAAUAUUUAGAUUUGGAUCAUGAAGUGAUCGACAUAGAGACGACUGAUAAUAAGGGUAUUAGACAUAUCAGUAUUAUGAUAUCUGGCGAUCAAAUCGACAAGUUUCAACAUGAGGGUGGUGUACACAGAGUACAACGGGUACCAGCUACAGAAAAAUUAGGCCGAGUACAUACCAGUACUGCCUCAGUGGCUAUUCUGCCAGUGCCAUCAGAAAUACAGAUUAUGAUUAAUAAGAAUGAUCUAAAAAUAGAGACAAAAAGAUCAUCUGGUGCAGGUGGUCAACAUGUGAACACUACAGACUCUGCAGUGAGGAUAACACAUUUGCCAAGCGGGUUAAGCGUUACCUGUCAAGUACAUAGGUCACAAGGUAAGAAUAAAAAAAUAGCGAUGGACAAACUGAGGAGUAUCCUGUAUGAACAGCAAUUGAAUAAGCAAACAUCGUUCACAAGUAAAUUACGGCAAAAGCAAAUGGGAAUGGGAUUCAGGAAUGAGAAAAUCAGGACAUAUAAUUAUAAUCAGAAUCGUGUGACUGACCAUAGGCUAGGCCAAAAUGGGACUUUCAACUUGAUAGAAUUUAUGCAAGGUGGAGUAGCUCUAGAGGAAUUGGAGGACAGAUUAUAUAAUCACAUGCGGAUAGAAACCCUGUUAGAAGUAAUAAAAAAACUGGAGUCACAAUCGAAGUAAUCCAUUCUAACAUUAUCAUUUUGAUAUAAAAGAUUGUAUAUAAGAUUUGUUUUACAUAGGCAUUGUA